ACUCCUCGUUGCUGUUCAUUAUCUCGACGAACGAACGAACGAAGUGACGAGACCCGAAGAUCUUGGCUUAUCAGGAAGGGACAAAGAGCGAUCAAGAUGGGAAAGGUCGUCCAUAUUGUCAUGUGGAAGCUCAAGCAAAGUGCGGCAUCAGCCGGUUCAGAAGGUCACAAAGCAGCCACUCAAGCCAUUUCGGCAUUGAAGACGGUCCCUGGGCCAGAGACGAUGCAACUUGGUCCUCCUUUGAUUGACGCUCGAGCUAAAGGUUUCAACUGGGGUCUCUACUCUGUCUUUGCAUCCCGUGAAGCCUUGGACAAGUAUACCGUCUCGGAAGCGCAUGUCAAAGUCGUCACGGAGAACGUCAAGCCAAAUAUCGAGGACGUCAUGGCUUAUGACUUUGAGCUUGACGAGUGAAUCAGAUUUUGAACUCGAU